AAACUAGAAAACAUAUUCCCAAUGGACUUGCUCUCUAGGUUCCCAUCAGACACCUCUGAAUCAACUAUUAGCCAGACUGAGACGUAGCUCUGUGUCCCUGCAGCUCUGUGCUCUACUCACCCUGGUACCAAAUAAAAGCCCUGGCACUUACUCAGCUGCUCCAAGCUCUGCAGACAGGUGGCAGAUUAAAGAAGCCUGGACCACCUGUUAUUCACAGGCCUGUCACAUCCAGCUUUCUGACAGGCCUCUCUUGCUAUGGCUGCAGUAGAGAUGCUGAUUUGUUCUUUGAGACAUCAGAGUUUAACUUGAAAUGAAAGGAAGAAAAAGAAAAUGGAAAAAACCUGGAAAGGAUCACCCAGCCUAUGACUCCCCUAACUAUUCAUACAGUCAGUUACACUGGGUCAAACAGUGGAAUAGUAAUGGUAAAAGAUAAUAAAAUGCAAGAAAUACAUUUUCAGGAUCACAGUUGCUUCUCAUGAAAGAGAAUCCAGACUUGAGCUUUUUGGUGCAAGAAAUAAAAAAAUGGAAGUUAGAAAAACCCACAGAGAAUUUUUAGGUACCAUUUUCUUAAACACUAAUUAAAGAAAACAAGGCACAUUUACUAACACACAGACCUGCAGAUUUAUCUGCCUGUUUCUGUAAGACAAGCAAGGUUUUAUCAGCAUUUGAAUGGAACACCUCAAGUAAGCAAAUCCAACAAAUUAAAAAGGGCAGCCCAUCAGUUUGCUAACGAUACCAGGGGCCACCACAUGACGCUCUCUUUCAGGCUGUCUAGACUAAAUUGUGGCUGUGAGCGGGCAAAGCUGAUGCCUGAAUUUUCAGCCAGUGAGAGAAAUGCCCAUCCCUGGUGAAUUGCUCAACAUGCAGGACAAAAAAGAUGCCAAGUUCCUGUGCUCAUUCCUUCCGGCAGAGCUAGGAGGGGAGAAAAGCAAACUGCUCUUGGGCAACAGCCCUUCUCACUUCUGUCUGGACUCCUCUCUUGCCCCCUUCUCUGCUGGAUAGACAUGGAGAAACUCAUGCACCUCAUCUUGGUCUUCUUCUCAGCAUCCUGCACUGCAGAGAACAUCACUACAGUGUACGGAAUGGAGGGGGGAACCAUAUCUGUGAACUGCACCUAUAACCCCCGGCAGCAGCGGUGGAAAGAGAAGAGCUGGUGCAAACAGAUCGAUGGGAGUAAGUGCCAACACGUGGUGAGCGCCCGCCGCUUCUGGCUGCCAUUCCUGAAGAACAGGAACGGCACCACUUCCAUCAGCGACAACAUCCAGGAUGGGGUCCUGACAGUGACCAUGAGGCGACUCAGGAAGCAGGACGCCGGGCUGUACCAGUGCAGAACUGACCAUCUGGGGGAAACAAACACCUUGCGGAAGGUACAAGUGGAUGUGCUGACAGCUGUCCUGGAGACCCAAAUCCCAGAGGAGCCCAGUGCUGUGCAGAGCAUCUCCAGCAUCCCUCCUGAAGCUGAUUUCACGGUCCUCUACAUCAUUGCUGGAUUACUGGCUACUAAGUUUGUGGUGGCUGUGCUGAUCUUUAUCAUUAGCAACAGCAUGAAAAACAGAGAGACAGAGCAGAACAAGCCAAGCUUGAAUAAACAGCAGGUCCUCCGUUUCCCUGGUGACCUCGUAGAGCAUGCAUAUGGUGGAAACAGCCCCUCCUGGGAGAGCACUGCUUAGAGCCGAACCAAAGAGAAUCAACAGGGAAAUGAACAUCAAGCUUUUUCUAGCAAAGCUUUGCCACCUGCUGUAAGAAAGAAGAGCACUGACUUCUAAAUAUAGGUAUUGACAAACCUAUCACACUGGAGAAGGAAUGUCACCAUCUACCACCUUCUCUCAUUGCUGCUGACCAGCUUUCUCCAACACAACCAAAUUGAAAUGAUGCUGCCAGUAACACCUGAAACUGAUGGAAGAGGGUGGGACUGAGGGCUGGGAGGAGGGAGGAAGAUGAAAUUUUUUUGUCAAGAGAUCCAACGCAACUCAUGUGGCAGAGAUGCUUCCCCAGACGCAGGAAUGCACAGAUAAUGCCUUGUUGUAAGUAAAACCACAGAUACAGCAGUAAACAUAAACAAGAGUCCAGGUUAACACACCUCAACCACCUUGUGUUUUUGUGCACUCACACACAUAUCCGCAGUGCAAAAAUGGUAAGACAUUGUUUCAUCUCAAACCCCCAAGGAAGUUUUGAUUCGUUGAAGAACAGUGCUGAAGAGUUCUUGGCUUUUAUUCAGAAUGUCCUACACAUGUCUACAGAACCCAUGAAUGCUUCUCCCAAAAGCACAAAGUAUAAAUGGACGUAUGUGGUUCUACUGAAAGCUAGCAUUGUUGUCUAGAAAUCAGCUUUGUUAAGACUUGUUUGUAAGAUUCCUGUCCGUAAAGACGGACGUUUUUGCCAUGCUUAUGGCAGUGCAGUGCUCUGCUGUCACCUCCAGUCACUGCCAGUAACUGCACCACGCUAUCAGGCAGUUAUUCCAAAUACUUAUCUCCUGCUCAGGUGAGAUCUAUCAGUGUUGUGCCAUCUCACAGUACUGCUAGGUGACACAGUCUCUUUUUCCAAGACACCAAAGAUCACUUUGCACAGAGUGGAUCCUUAGCAGGCAGUCAGUGUGGAAAGGAAUAUAGAACUGCAGAACAUAACAAAGGGAUGUGAAAUCUGCACACAGCUCUGAGCUUGUUUCCUCAUUUCUCAAAUCAUUCCAUGACCACAAAAAUGAUCUGUCUCUCUGUACUUACCUGCUCUUUUUCUCAAGGGGAUCACUGUUCAUCAUACCCCAAAAGGAAGCUGCAAUUACCUGUCCAAAGAAGAACCCAAACCCGAUGCAUUCACACUUCUUCCCGCAUUGCCUACAAAGCUAAAUAAAAACAAACUGGUUAUCUUA